AUGGCUUCUCAUCUCUGUGUGCCUCCUAUUGCUUGGAACUGGUUGCCGUUGCUGCUGCUGCUGCUGCUGGUGGUGGUCUUCAGAUUUCCUGGUGCUGCUUGUGAUCUGAAUGUAUCUAGCAACUCCACUUCUCACUCUGAACCUAAGGCUCAUUUUGCUGCUGCUGCUGCUGUUGCUACCACCGCUAGCUCUGAGCAGGAUGAGAGACUGCCUGUUUUUUCUCUGGAUUAUGAUUAUGUGCAAAUUCCAUAUGAAGUGACCCUUUGGAUACUUCUUGCAUCCCUUGCAAAAAUAGGUUUCCAUCUCUAUCACAAGCUUCCAGGUCUUAUGCCAGAGAGCUGUCUCCUGAUCAUUGUUGGUGCUCUUGUGGGGGGUAUCAUCUUUGGCACUGAUCACAAAUCUCCACCUGUAAUGGAUUCAAGCAUUUAUUUCCUGUACCUCCUUCCACCUAUUGUCCUCGAAGGGGGUUACUUCAUGCCCACCCGGCCCUUUUUUGAGAACAUUGGCUCCAUCCUAUGGUGGUCCGGGAUGGGGGCCCUCUUGAAUGCCUUUGGCAUUGGCCUCUCCCUCUACCUGAUAUGCCAGGUCAAGGCUUUUGGCCUCAGUGAUGUCAACUUGCUUCAGAAUCUGCUCUUUGGGAGUAUGAUCUCUGCGGUGGACCCAGUGGCAGUGCUGGCAGUAUUUGAGGAGGCUCAUGUGAAUGAGCAGCUAUACAUGAUGAUCUUUGGAGAGGCCCUGCUCAAUGAUGGGAUAAGUGUGGUGUUAUACAAUAUAUUAAUCGCCUUCACGAAGAUGCAUAAAUUUGAAGACAUAGAACCUGUCGACAUUUUGGCUGGAUUUGCCCGGUUUAUUGUGGUAGGGGUUGGGGGGGUGUUUUUUGGCAUCAUCUUCGGCUUCAUUUCUGCCUUUAUCACACGUUUCACACAGAACAUUUCUGCAAUCGAACCACUGAUCGUCUUCAUGUUCAGCUACUUGUCUUACUUAGCUGCUGAAACACUCUACCUCUCUGGCAUCCUUGCGAUCACAGCUUGUGCCGUGACAAUGAAAAAGUAUGUGGAAGAAAAUGUGUCACAGACCUCCUACACCACCAUCAAAUACUUCAUGAAGAUGCUGAGCAGUGUCAGUGAGACCCUGAUCUUCAUCUUCAUGGGAGUGUCGACAGUGGGAAAAGACCAUGAGUGGAACUGGGCUUUUGUCUGCUUCACCCUGAUCUUCUGCCAGAUUUGGAGAGCAAUAAGUGUAUUUGCUCUCUUCUAUGUCAGUAACCAGUUUCGGACUUUUCCCUUCACCAUCAAGGACCAGUGUAUUAUCUUCUACAGUGGGCUUAGAGGAGCUGGGAGUUUUUCACUUGCAUUUUUGCUGCCCUUGUCUUUGUUCCCUAGGAAGAAAAUGUUUGUGACAGCCACUCUUGUUAUUAUAUAUUUUACUGUAUUCAUUCAGGGAAUGACCAUUGGCCCUUUGGUCAGAUACCUAGAUGUGAAAAAGACCAACAAAAAGGAAUCCAUCAAUGAAGAGCUUCAUACCCGUCUAAUGGACCAUUUGAAAGCUGGAAUUGAAGAUGUAUGUGGACAGUGGAGCCACUACCAAGUGAGAGACAAGUUUAAGAAGUUUGACCAUAAAUACUUACGGAAAAUUUUGAUCCGAGAGAACCAGCCCAAAUCGAGCAUUGUUUCAUUGUAUAAGAAGCUGGAAAUGAAACAGGCUAUUGAGAUGGUGGAAACUGGGAUUCUAAGCACCACAGCCUUUAUGAUUCCCCUCCAGGCACAGAGAAUUCAAGGAACCAAAAGGCUUUCCCCUGAGGAUGUGGAAUCCAUGCGGGACAUUCUGACACACAACAUGUACCAAGUUCGACAAAGGACCCUGUCCUACAAUAAGUAUAACCUGAGAACAGAAACAAGUGAGAAACAAGCAAAGGAAAUUCUAAUUCGUCGCCAACAUACCUUCAGGGAAAGUCUAAGGAAAGGCAACAGCCUGCCGUGGGGAAAGCUGAGUGGCAUCAAAAAUAUCCGCUACCUCUCCUUCCCUUAUAGCAACCCUCAUUCAGCAAACAGAGAAACAGGGACUGGUGUUUUUACAGAUGAUGAUAGCAGUGAUGCAAUCUUCCCUCCAGUUACAUUUAAACCACAUGCUCGAACAGGGUCACUUCAAGAAAGAAGACAGCAGCCAGAGAUGAUUCCAAUGGAGAGGUUGCGUAGAGGGGGGAGAUCUUUAAACUUGGGUGGUCAAAGAAGUGCUGCCCGAGGAGACCAAGUGAGCAGAGUAAGGCCACCCUUAAUACCAAAGCCACAGUUUCAUGCAGUGGAUGAGGAGUAUGAAUCGGGAGAAGAAGAGGAAGAGACAAGAGUAGUGGGGCCUAGAUGGACAGCAGAACCUAGAAAUGGAAAAGAAUACCACAAAUCCCAUAGUCCUUUGCUCCCAAGAAAGUAA